ACCUUCCGCUUCGCACGAGAAGCCUGAAAGAGACAUAAGUUACGAAAUCAAACCUCCAGACGAGUCACGACUUCUCUUCCAUGACGUCCCAGCAAAUGGGGCUUGACAGAUUCUGUAGCCCUGACGGGUCAGACCAGUUCUGGGAUUGGGACCGCUCAUGGAAUACUACAAAGCCAGACUUUACCCAGUGCUUCCAGAACACCGUCCUGGUGUGGCUGCCAUGCAUCUACCUCUGGCUGUGUGCCCCCAUCUAUCUCAUCUACCUUCGUAGCCACAAUCACGGCUACAUAUGUAUGAGUCACCUCAACAAAGCCAAAACUGCUUUUGGCUUUCUUCUGUGGAUUAUCUGCUGGGCAGAUGUUUUCUAUUCUUUCUGGGAAAGAAGUUAUGGCAGUAAAGUCCCCGCGCCUGUCCACCUCGUCAGUCCAACCCUACUGGGCUUCACCAUGUUGCUGGCCACCCUGAUGAUUCAGUACGAACGAUUGAAAGGGGUUCAGUCAUCUGGAGUGUUGCUGUUUUUCUGGCUGCUGGCCUUGCUGUGUGCCACAAUCACCUUCCGGUCCAAGAUCCUCCACGCCCUGGACCAGCCGUCAACUAUCUGCGUGUGGAGGUACACCACCUUCUUUGUGUACUACACCCUGCUGCUGGUUUCGUUGAUUUUGUCCUGCUUGUCAGAUCGGCCUCCACUCUUCUCCCAAGUCGUCAAAGACUCCAAUCCUUGCCCUGAACCUGGAGCCUCUUUCCUUUCCAAAAUAACAUUCUGGUGGAUCACCAGGAUGAUGAUGAAUGGCUACAAGCAUCCCCUAGAGGAGAAAGACUUGUGGUCUCUGAACCCUGAGGACCGGUCACAGAAAGUGGUGCCAAGGCUGGUUCAACGUUGGAACGCAGAUUGUCAAAAGCGAAAAAGAACAGAACUGAAGACAUUGUACUCUCCCCGGCCGGCUCAAAACCCCCACACCAAGAAGGAGAGUGGCGCUGCGGAGGAGUCUGAAAUCUUACUCGUCAAAAACACCAAAAGAAAGGAGCCCUCCCUCCUGUGGGCUCUGUGCCUGGCCUUUGGGCCAUAUUUCCUCAUCUCGUGCCUCUACAAGUUCAUCCAAGACAUCCUCAUGUUUGUCGGGCCUGAGAUCCUGCGGCGUCUGAUCCACUUUGUGAACAAUUCCAGCGCUCCCUACUGGCAUGGCUUCUUCUACACAGCUCUGCUCUUCAUUUGUACCUGUGUACAGUCGCUCAUCCUCCAGCGGUAUUUUCACAUCUGCUUCAUCACAGGCAUGCGCCUGCGCACCGCCAUCGUUGGAGCGGUCUAUCGGAAGGCCUUGGUUAUCAGCAGUGCGGCCCGCCGCACGUCCACAGUCGGAGAGAUCGUCAACUUGAUGUCGGUGGACGCUCAGCGCUUUAUGGAUCUUAUCGCUUAUAUCAACAUGAUAUGGUCUGCCCCCUUGCAAGUGGUGCUAGCCCUGUACUUUCUCUGGCAGAACUUGGGUCCCUCUGUUCUGGCUGGAGUGGCUGUGAUGGUUCUAAUGGUUCCAGUCAACGCUUUCAUUGCCAUGAAAACCAAAACUUAUCAGGUGGCUCAGAUGAAGAGUAAAGACAGUCGCAUUAAGCUGAUGAACGAGAUGCUGAACGGUAUCAAGGUGUUGAAGCUGUAUGCCUGGGAGCUCGCCUUCAAGAGCAAAGUAUCCGAUAUCCGUGAGAGCGAGCUGCGGGUACUAAAGAAGGCCGCCUACCUUGGUGCAAUGUCGACCUUCACCUGGGUCUGUGCACCUUUUUUGGUCGCCCUGUCCACUUUCACGGUGUACGUGCUGGUCGAUGACAAAAAUGUGCUCGAUGCCCAGAAGGCCUUUGUUUCUCUGGCGCUCUUCAACAUCUUACGCUUUCCUCUCAACAUGCUGCCAAUGGUCAUCAGCAGUAUGGUGCAGGCGAGCGUCUCCUUGAAGCGACUGAGAGUGUUUCUAUCACACGAGGAGCUCCAGGAAGACAGUGUCGAGCGCAAAGCACUGGUUGGCUCCUCAAACAGUAUAUCCAUCGUGGAUGGAGUUUUCAGCUGGUCAAGAACGGAAUCACCGACACUCAAGAUGCUGAACGUGUGCAUCCCAGACGGCGCUCUUGUUGCCGUUGUGGGACUCGUCGGUUCCGGAAAGUCCUCUCUUCUGUCAGCCCUGCUUGGUGAAAUGGACAAACUUGAAGGAAGUGUGGCUGUCAAGGGUUCAGUGGCCUAUGUUCCCCAGCAGGCCUGGAUACAAAAUUCCACACUGAAGGAAAACAUCAUAUUUGGCCAGGCUCUGAGUGAAGCCUGGUAUCAGCGCGUCGUGGCCGCAUGUGCCCUUCAGCCUGACCUCGAGAUCCUGCCUGCUGGAGAUUCCACAGAGAUUGGCGAAAAGGGUGUCAAUCUGUCAGGGGGUCAGAAGCAGAGGGUGAGCCUGGCCAGGGCCGUCUACUGCGACCGCACGGUCUACCUGCUUGAUGACCCCUUAUCUGCCGUUGACGCGCAUGUGGGAAAACACAUAUUUGAGCAGGUCAUUGGUCCACAGGGCUUGCUGAAGGACAAGACCCGUCUGCUGGUGACACACGGGCUGAGCUACUUGCCUCAGGUUGACUUGAUACUGGUCAUGGUGGAUGGAGAAAUAACUGAAGUUGGCUCCUAUCAGCAGCUCAUGGCCACCGAAGGUGCUUUUUCUGAGUUUCUGCACACCUACGCUAGCGUUGACCACGGAGACGACAACGCUUUAGAAUCGAAGCCAAAACUAGUCAUCAAAGGAAUGGAGAACGGCAGCGCAACUGGGCUUGCUGGGCCUGAUGAAAGCAGCAGUACGGCCAAGCUCCCCCAGUCAGACGAGGAGAAAGAGGAGCUCGGCAAAAAAGCCAAGGAAGCGGGCAAACUAACGGAGGCUGACAAGGCCAGCACAGGACGGGUCAAGCUGUCUGUGUUCUGGGCCUAUUUUAAAGCAAUCGGUGUAUUGAUCUGCGUGGCUCUGCUGCUGUUUUUGGCUCAUAACGUGCUUUCACUGCUCUCGAAUUACUGGCUCAGUCUCUGGACCGAUGACCCAGUUGUUAAUGGCACUCAGCCUCAAAGGCAACUGAGAUUGGGGGUUUAUGGUGCUCUUGGCCUGUCCCAGGGGGUGGCAGUCUUUGGUUACUCCCUGUCCAUGUCCAUCGGGGGCAUUCUGGCGUCUCGCUACCUUCAUCAGUCCAUGCUUUACGACGUCCUGCGCUCGCCUAUAUCGUUCUUUGAGCGAACCCCCAGCGGUAACCUUGUCAACCGCUUUGCCAAGGAGAUGGACACCAUUGACACAGUGAUCCCCAGUAUUCUGAAAAUGUUCAUGGGCUCCAUGUUCAAUGUGAUAGGUGCUUGUAUUGUCAUCCUGAUCGCCACACCGUUUGUGGCGAUCAUCAUUCCCUUCCUCGGUCUGCUCUACUUUUUUAUACAGAGAUUUUACGUGGCGUCGUCACGCCAGUUGAAGCGCCUGGAGUCUGUCAGCCGUUCGCCUAUCUAUAGCCACUUUAAUGAGACACUGCUGGGUACGUCCGUCAUCAGAGCUUUUGGUGAACAGGAACGCUUUAUACGGGAGAGCGAUCAGAGGGUUGACCAUAACCAGAAGGCCUACUACCCCAGCAUUGUAGCAAACAGAUGGCUGGCAAUCCGACUGGAGUUUGUCUGCAACUGCAUUGUGUCCUCUGCUGCUUUGUUUGCCGUCAUCGCCAGAGAGAGUCUCAGUCCAGGUAUCAUGGGCCUGGCCAUCUCCUAUGCCCUUCAGCUGACGGCCUCUCUGACCUGGCUGGUGAGGAUGUCCUCCGAUGUGGAAACAAACAUAGUUGCAGUGGAGCGAGUCAAAGAGUACAGUGAGACAGAAAAAGAGGCUGAGUGGAAGCGCGAGCACUCCGGCCUGGACCCCGGGUGGCCCACCGAAGGGCGCAUAGAAUUCAGAGGCUUCGGUCUACGAUACCGUCGCGAUCUGGACCUGGCCAUCCGUAACAUCACAGUCAGCAUUUCAGGAGGAGAGAAGGUUGGGAUUGUCGGUCGCACAGGAGCAGGCAAGUCAUCCCUGACACUGGGCCUGUUCAGGAUCAUUGAGGCGGCACAGGGGCAGAUUUUCAUUGAUGGAAUUGACAUUGCUGAACUUGGCCUCCAUGAGCUCCGCUCCAGAAUUACCAUUAUACCACAGGAUCCAGUGUUGUUUUCAGGCACUCUGAGGAUGAAUUUAGAUCCAUUUGAAAGCUACUCUGAUGAGGACAUAUGGAGGUCUUUGGAGUUCUCUCAUCUCAAGAACUUUGUGUCCGGCCUGCCAGACAAGCUCAACCAUGAAUGUAGUGAAGGGGGAGAGAACCUCAGCGUGGGCCAGCGCCAACUACUAUGCCUGGCCAGAGCCUUGUUGAGAAAGACCAAGAUCCUUGUUUUAGACGAAGCCACAGCCGCUGUGGACAUGGAGACCGACAACCUCAUUCAGACCACCAUCCGCUCUCAGUUUGAGGACUGUACGGUCCUUACCAUCGCUCAUCGCCUGAACACCAUCAUGGAUUACACAAGGGUGCUGGUUUUGGAGAGAGGAGAAAUGGUAGAAUUUGAUUCCCCAGCCAAUCUCCUGGCUCAAAAGGGAUCCUUCUAUAAAAUGGCCAAGGAUUCUGGGCUGGCCUGAAGCUUUUUCACAGUGGUCCUCCGAAGCACUUUGCCGGGCUCCCCUUGCUUCCUGCUGUCUUUGAAGGAGUGGCCAGAGGCGGCACGGCACUUGUUCAAUUCCCGUGCUUGAUGAGUCGUGGAAAGACGUUGGUUUAGGAAAAAAACAAACAAAAAAAAAAACGAUGGGCUUGUCCUUCACCUGCCGACCCAACUUCCAACUUACCGGUAAUUGAAGAACUCGCCUUUUGCCAACAAAUAUGCUUCUCGUUGUUUAUGCCAUCACUUUAGGGGCUCCUGCUGUUCCAAGUCAAAGCAGGGCGGGGGUUGGGCACACUUGUGCAGCCUUUAUUUUGACAUCCGUGUACCUGUGGUUUGGAAAGAAAUAGGGGGCAAUCUCAUCAUCGCACAUUGCUCCAUGGACUUGGGGUGAGCCUUGUCAGGGUCAGCUUUCUCAAAUACCAAAGGUUUGAAUCCAGGAUUGAAAUGUGGGGUGAUUUGAGAGAUAGGAGCUGUUGAGUUGUUAACUGUCGUUUUUUCCUGCAUUAUUACAUCAGAGUACGUUUACCUGGAGCAAACGUGAAUUGGUCUCACCGAAGAUUUGGCUGAUCAUCGAUUUUGGGAUUGGAUUUAAAAAAAAAAAAAACAAAUCCACUCAUAAAACCUUUUUCCAAUUUUGGAACCUGCCAAGGCUGAUAUUUGUGACGACAAAUGAUUUGCUCUUUUGAAUGUUAUUUUGCCUGGGUGGACAGGGUAGUGUUUUGCGUUUUAGACCGGCGGCAUGUUGGGUGCGGCAGCUGAGUGCUUCGAACCAUCCGCUGAUUGUUGACUUGUAAUGUUGUUAACGGACUUCAGAGAGUGUUGGGUAAUAAUGUUGAACUUUAAACGCACAAGUUGAAGGGAUCUGUCGAACAGAUUCCAAUUUCCUGUCACUUUACAUGCUGCAUUAUUUAUUUGUUUUUGUUUUUUGUUUUUCUUCUCUUUUCAGCAGCUUUAAAUGAAUGUUAAGAGCUAAAAAAUUUAAGUACCGGUAGUUUAUUUUAUGCUCUUGUGGAGCUGAGGUCCUUUUGGUCAGUCAUUUGAUUCUUUGACAAAAUGGAAACUCCGAGGAGCGUCUGACUGAUUCAUAGGGUUUGAAUUUUAGGUUGACAUGUUUUGAUUGCAUCUGCACAUUUCUUUUUCCCUCAGGUGCAAAUUUUUAGCGAAGGUACCGCAACCACUUUAUUUGUUGGUAAACUACUGAGUUUACUUCCACAAAAAAAAAAAAACUAUUAUGAAAAUCAUACUUGUCUGUUAGGAGCAGUCUUGUGUACAUUGAAAACAUUUUUUUCAUGUGUGUAUAAAAGAGGGGAAAAAAAGUUUUGACAAAACAUCUAUCUACGUGUCGCUAUGACGUUCAGUACAAAUAACACCAGCAGACGCCAAUGUUGAUGAUGUGAAAUGCAUUGUAUGUUUUUCACAUUUUUUUUAAAAAUUGUGUUCGAUAUGGCAUUAUGUGUGCUUUCAGUUUCGUACAGAACAAAACAGUAAGGCUAAGCGUCUGCCUAAUGCUCGGACUAGGUGAGUUCCGAGUUCCUCACAGAAUAGAGCCGUAUACACUUUUUUUUUUUUUUUUUUUUUUUUUUUCAUAAGCGCGUGUGUAAAAGUCUUAUCUACAAUAGCCAAAACGCACCUUUGCUGAUUCACCAAAACUUGUUGGGGCGUUUGUUUAAGUGUCUGUGAGCCAAGGUUGGGCAAAGCGUCUUCUA